AUGACUUUAUGGUCUCGACAGGCUUUAAGGAAGGUUAGAUCGCAAAGAAGACGAGUUUUGCGCAACAACAGAUUGCUGUAUGAUUUAGUGAGAUGUUUCGACCGUAUAAACACACAAACAGCCCUAAAUACUUUCGAGUCUAAGACUGAAACUCAAAAGCGCAAAUUAGCUCAUCUAAUUACCCAACAACUUCCAAAACCCAGAACUUUGAAACCCACCACAGUGGUUCACAACUUUUCUGAUACCCCCAUUUCUACUAUUGCCACUCAAGCUUUAGCAAAAGGUUUCGAUUAUUCUGUUACCCCAAGCCACAUCCCAAUUGAGACAAUCAUCUGUCAAACUGAGGAAGCUAUCUCUCAUUUACCUUCUGAAGAUGCUGAAAUAGUUAGACAAGACGUCGCUAGAGUUCUUAGGAACUCAAAGCCCCCUACUCCAAACAUUAGUCAAUCUGAGAGAAAAGUCCUGAAAGAACUUCAAGCAAAUCCAGAUCUAGUCAUUCUUCCUGCCGAUAAAGGAAACGCCACUGUCAUCCUAAACACUUUACAUCGAUAA